UCCGGCGUCACCUAGUGGGCAGCUUAAACGCGAGGAAAUCGGUUUCCUUUUCCUGGCAGAUUCUAGGGCCGGAGGGGCAGGUGCGCCAACACCAUGAAGGAAACCCCACUCUCGAACUGCGAGCGCCGCUUCUUGCUUCGUGCGAUCGAGGAGAAGAAGCGGCUGGAUGGCAGACAAACCUAUGAUUAUAGGAACGUCAAGAUCUCGUUUGGUACAGAUUAUGGGUGCUGUAUUGUGGAACUUGGGAAGACAAGAGUCCUUGGACAGGUUUCCUGUGAACUUGUUUCUCCAAAACUCAACAGGGCAACAGAAGGUAUUCUUUUUUUUAACCUCGAACUGUCUCAGAUGGCUGCUCCAGCUUUUGAACCUGGCAGGCAGUCAGAUCUCCUGGUGAAACUGAAUCGACUCUUGGAAAGAUGUCUGAGAAAUUCGAAGUGUAUAGACACUGAAUCUCUCUGUGUUGUUGCUGGUGAGAAGGUUUGGCAAAUACGUGUAGAUCUCCAUUUAUUAAAUCAUGAUGGAAAUAUUAUUGAUGCUGCCAGCAUUGCUGCAAUCGUGGCCUUAUGUCACUUCCGAAGACCGGAUGUCUCUGUCCAGGGAGAUGAAGUAACACUGUAUACACCCGAGGAGCGAGAUCCCGUACCAUUGAGUAUACACCACAUGCCUAUUUGUGUCAGUUUUGCCUUCUUCCAGCAAGGAACAUAUUUAUUAGUGGAUCCCAAUGAACGAGAAGAACGUGUGAUGGAUGGCCUGCUGGUGAUCGCCAUGAACAAGCAUCGGGAGAUUUGUACCAUCCAGUCCAGUGGUGGGAUAAUGCUACUGAAAGAUCAGGUUUUGAGAUGCAGUAAAAUAGCUGGCGUGAAAGUAGCAGAAAUCACGGAGCUAAUCCAGAAAGCUUUGGAGAAUGACCAGAAAGUUCGGAAAGAAGGUGGAAAGUUUGGCUUCGCAGAGUCUAUAGCAAAUCAAAGGAUAACAGCAUUUAAAAUGGAAAAGGCCCCUAUCGACACCUCCGAUGUAGAGGAGAAAGCAGAAGGAAUCAUUGCUGAAGCUGAACCUCCAGCAGAAGUUGUCUCAAAACCUGUGUUAUGGACUCCUGGCACUGCUCAAAUUGGAGAGGGAAUUGAAAACUCCUGGGGCAAUCUUGAAGACUCUGAGAAGGAAGAAGAGGAAGGUGGUGAUGAUGAAGCUAUCAUUCUCGAUAGUAUAAAAAUGGAAACUGGAGAAGUCUCUGAUAUUGGAAACCAAGAUGCUCCUAUAGUACUCUCAGAUAGUGAAGAAGAGGAAAUGAUCAUUUUGGAACCGGACAAGAAUCCAAAAAAAAUAAGAACACAGACCGUCAAUACAAAACAAGAAAAAGCACCAAGUAAAAAGCCAGUGAAAAAGAGAAAAAAGAAGAGAGCUGCUAAUUAAAGCUAACAGUUGCAUAUAACUAUUAAAAGGAUAUUUAUUCAGUGCUAACAAUCCUGGGUAUUUUUUUAUUCACAAAUCCAUUAUAAAAUCUAGUGUAUUUUCAUAUAUAGUCUUUUUUUAUUUUUUAUUUUUUUGCCUUUUUUACAUUAUGUUUUAAAAUAAACUUCUGGAGAACUUAA